AUGGGGUACAAUGACGACGGCGAGAGCAGCGGAGCAGGUGGUAUCAUCACCGGGGGGCAGACUGCCGCCCCCGCGCACGUCGAGCUCGGCGCCGACAUUGUCCUCCUCAUCGCUGGCCUGCUCGCCCCGCAAGACCUCGUCUCGGCAAACCAAGUCUGCCGCACCUGGCGGAGUGCAUUGACCGACUCGUCGGCCUUGUGGCGAGAGCACGCCGCGGACCUGCGCGAAUGGGACGGCGGCCUCGGCCCCCGCGAGCGAGUCCUCCGGCACGUCCGCACCGAACGCGCAUGGGCCACCGGCCGCGCCCGCACCACGACCCACAGCGUCGGAUACAUGCUCGCCGACUGGAUGGACUUCAAGCUCGACGCGGGCUCCGGCCUCGCGCUGAUGGCGGUGCGCGGCGGCGCGGCCCUGGUCGACACGCGCAGCUGGACGACGGCGCGCAUGCUCACCGACGACGAGUGGCUUAAUGUCAACCUCUUCCCUGGUACGCUGGCGCUCACGGACGCCGAGGCGAUGACGAUCGAGGUGUUCGGCGUCGUGCGGCGUGUCGACGGCGGUGUCGAGCUGGUAUCGCAGCACAAGUUCCACGUCAGCACGACGACUGCCGUGAUGACGCUCAACACUGUGACUGGGGCCAGUGCGGCGGUCGUGUCGCAUGUUCCCAAGGUGGAGGAGGACGGGCCGCACAAGCUGAGCAUCCACGUCGCGCCGGACUGGGCGACGGCGCACGAGCACGAAGUCGAGCCUUACGUCGUCUCGGCGCUCGACGACGCUAACGUGAGCACCGAGGUCUGA